GCUUUCACUAAUAUGAUUAAAGUGCUCAAUCUUGUUUAGAUAGCAUGUGCAACCUUCACCAUUAAUUAUCCUGUUUUUUCACCUUACUCACUUCCAACAGUAUUAAAUUAACACAAUUCCUUUUUAAUAAGAAAAACCAAGUUCAAGUAUAUAAAUCUAAGAUGGGGGGUAUCUAUCCAAGGUUUUAAACUGUGGUCGUGAUCAUGAUUUUGUCAUGUUUCUUGAAAUUGUGAGAAAUCGCAAACAAAUACAGCCGAUUCAACCACAAUUAUGGUCUCGUUGCAGGCACAAACACUUACAAAUUCUUGACGUUGUGGUCAAAAUCAAGAAAUUUACAUUCAAAGGAAGUCAACAUCUGUACAGAAAAAGUUGUACAAAGCUAAAAAUGGAGAAUAGCUGCAUUCUAGCUUUUCUCCUCCUCAUUCUCCACUCAAGUACAACAAAAGCUGCCUUCAGUGUUGGUGGUGGAGUUGGUGUAGGUGUUGGUGUUGGUGUUGGUGUUGGCAAUGGGAAUGGUGGUGGUGAUGGUGGCAGUGGUGGAGUGGUUUGGGUUGGUGGAGGGAUUAACAGCCCAGAGCCACCUAGAUCCUCAGUGCCAAAUCUUGAAGGAGCUUACACAGCACUUCAGGCAUGGAAAUCUGCAAUCACUGAGGACCCUCUUAAGAUUUUAUCAAGUUGGGUUGGUCCUAAUGUGUGUGCUUACAAAGGAGUCUUCUGUGCAAACCCUCAAGAUGAAAUGGUUGCAUCAGCAUUCCCAGUUGUAGCAGGCAUAGAUCUCAACCAUGCAAAUCUGAAAGGAACCCUUGUGAAGGAGCUCUCUCUACUCAGUGAUUUGUCUCUUCUCCACCUCAACAGUAACAGAUUCACAGGCACUGUUCCUGAUACAUUCAGAGACCUGGUUUUUCUGGAAGAGUUAGACCUCAGCAACAACCAACUCUCAGGUCCUUUCCCUGCUGCUACUUUGUACAUGCCAGGCCUCAUCUACUUGGACCUCAGAUUCAACUACUUUUCUGGGCCCCUCCCUCAGGAACUUUUCAGCAAGAACCUUGAUGCAUUAUUCCUCAAUAACAACCAGUUUGAAGGUGAAAUCCCCCAAAACUUGGGCAGUUCCCCAGCCUCAGUGAUAAACUUAGCCAACAACAAGUUGAGUGGUAGCAUCCCAGCAAGUUUGGGCUUCAUGGGUUCUAAAAUAAAGGAGAUUCUGUUCCUCAAUAACCAGUUAACUGGCUGCAUUCCUGAGGGAGUUGGGCUAUUCACAGAGAUGCAAGUUCUGGAUGUGAGCUUCAACUCACUCAUGGGUCAUUUGCCAGACACACUGUCAUGCCUGCAAGACAUAGAAGUUCUCAAUUUGGCUCAUAACAAGCUCUCUGGGGAAUUAUCAGAUGUAGUGUGCUCUUUGAGAAGCCUUGCAAAUCUAACUGUUGCUUACAAUUUCUUUUCUGGGUUCAGCCAGCAAUGCUCAAGGCUUUUCUUUAGGAAUGUUGGUUUUGAUUUCUCACUAAACUGCAUUCCUGAUAGGGACAUGCAGAGACCUCCACCUGAGUGCUCUGGCAUCCCAGGUGGAAGUCUUAGUUGUCUCAGAAUCCCCACACCAAGGCCUCUUGUUUGUGGUUCAAUGGCUGUAAGUAAGUCUAAGCACAUUGAUCCCACUUCACCAUCUCCUCCUUGAUGGUUAUUAUUAGUUGCAUUAUUACAGGUUGGUCAUAGCUGUUCCAUUAAUUACUGCUACCAAUCUUAAUUCACAAUUCUGCUAAUUUCAUUUUUCAAA